AUGGGAGAAGCGCUGGGAGCCUUCAUGAAUAGUCCCCCGUUCCACAUUUACGAACUGCAUCUGAUCGGGAACGAGUUGAUGAAGCUCCCCGCCAGGGCCUUCGGAUCCCUCGUCGUCGAGAAGAUCCACCUGGUCGAGAACGGCCUGGAGAUGGUAUCCGCCGGGGCGUUCGACGGGAUGGCCCUCCGCGAUUCCCUCAGGGAGAUUUUCAUCCAGGAACCGACUCUGAGGAGUUUCCCCUCGGACACUCUCUUGGGACUCCGAGGCCUUCACGGUCUGGUCGUGCGGGGGACGCCCUUCAACGCGUUUCCCCUCCUUCAGGGUCAUCCGAGCCUUCAAUACGUGGAACUGAGCGGGGGAGAGGCGAUGGCGUUGAGUCCGAGGACCUUCCACAUGUUGGACGAUCUGCGAUAUCUGCACGUGACGGAGGGCAAUCUCAAGGUCCUCGAGGGCGGGGCCCUCUCUCAUCUUCCGUCCUUGAUCCUGGCCAAUUUCAGCGGAAAUCGGGUGGAAGAGAUCCAUCCGAUGGCUUUCGCUUCCCUCCCUCGCCUCGAGACGUUGAUCCUGAACGAGAACUCCAUCCGGGAUCCCGAGAUGGUGGGGGCGGCGAUCCGGGAUCUGCGAUCGCUGGAGACGCUGGAGAUGCGAGGGAAUCGGCUCUCUUUUCUUCAGAGUCCCUUUCCCGCCUAUCGCAUGCAGGAUUUUCCCGGGAACUUGAUCGCAAGGAGGGAGUCGUUACCGGGUCGGCAGAGUCAUUUUCUCCCGCGACUCAGGGUCCUGGAUCUGGCCAGGAAUCACAUCGAACGGAUCCCCGUCGACUUCCUGCCGAACAGCAUCGAGGAAUUCUACAUGACCGGGAACAACGUGACGGACGUGAGAUCGAUCACGAGGACGACCAGGUCUUUGCCGGCCCUGAGGAUCUUGGAUCUGAGUCGGAAUCAGCUGAAGGAGAUCCCCGACGACGCCUUUCUGGGGCACUUCUCCCUCCAGAAUCUCUAUCUGGACGGGAACGAGAUCGAGAGAAUCGGAGGGGACUCGUGGAGGGACUUGGGGAAUCUGGUUCUUCUGGAUCUUCGCGAAAACGACAUCACCGCAGAUUCUCCGUUCCAGGGUCUGCCUCGGCUGGGAACUUUGAUCCUGUCUCGGAACGACAUCGCUUCUCUACCCGACCGGAUGUUCCUCGGGUCUCCCAUGUUGUCCCACGUGGACGCGAGCGAGAACCGGAUCCGGGAGAUCGGUUCCAGGACGUUCCGGGCCCUAUCGGGCCUCCAGCACGUGAACCUGAGCUCGAACGAGAUCUCGGACAUCCCCGGAGACGCGUUCCGGGGAUUGGAUCGACUCCAAGACCUGGACGUGAGCUUCAACCUCUUGGAGGCUCUUCCCCCGGGUGUCUUCGGCGAUCUCCCGAGGCUUCGCACUCUUCAUCUCAACCACAACAAGUUGGUGGCGCUCGAGCCGCAAGUGUUCCCUUCCGAAAGGACGAGUCUCUUGUACUUGGACGCGUCGAGUAAUUUCAUCGUCGAGCUUCCCGCCGGGCCCGUCCCGGGGUUCAGGAGUCUCAGCUAUCUCAAUCUCUACUUGAACGAUCUCAAGUCUUUGAGGAGGGAAUUCUUCGCGGGGAUGGAGGACUUGGAGACGCUGGAUCUGUCUUUGAACCAGAUCAUCGAUCUGGAGUCGAAUCAAUUCCCUAACAUGAGGAAGCUGAGGAGUCUGGAUCUGAGUCGGAACUUGCUUCAACGGGUAAAACGGGACGCUUUUCAGGAUCAAGGGAGCCUAGAAUCCCUGGAUGUGAGUUACAAUCUCAUCCACGACUUGGAAUCCCAGAGUCUUCGACCCCUUCGACGGCUGAGAAGCCUGGACGUAUGCAACAAUUCUCUGAUCGCCGUCGACGACGUGUUCCAAGACCUUCCCUCCUUGGAAGUCCUGGACCUGAGCGAGAACAAGAUGGAGAAAGUGACGGAACGAUCCUUCCACGCCUUGCCCCGACUCAAGGUCCUUACCCUCUCCAAGAACGCCAUCUCCACCGUCCAGUCCGGAUCCUUCCAGGACCUGGAAAACCUGAAGACCGUGGACCUGAGUCGGAAUCGCAUCCAGAAGAUCGAACCCCGCGCCUUCAGGAGCCUCCCCUCCGUCAAGGAGAUCCACCUCGAACACAACCAGCUGAUGGAGAUGGGCGCCGGGGCGAUGGAGAGGCUGGACUCCCUCCGGCAUCUCUCCCUGGACUUCAACCUCCUUCGAAGCGUGGACGGGUCGAGCGUGAAGGACGUGAACCCCGGUCUUCAUCUCGUCAAUCUCAGUUAUAAUCUGUUGGAGACCGUGCCGGUUUCUCUCUUGCAUGCGAUCCCUCGCAUGGAAGUCCUGGAUCUCAGUCACAAUCACAUCAUGGAAUUGGAUACCUCCACCUUCCACGGGAUGGAGUCCAUCCAGGAAAUACGGGUCCGUCUUCCUUUUUUUUCCCUAAGAUGA